AAUCCAUAAUUUCUCAGUAGAAGCAAUAACAGUAGCGAGUGGCGAAGAACAGAAAAUGAGUUUGACAAGCAGAGCUUGGAUCGUGGCUGCAAGCGUUGGGGCUGUAGAAGCAAUGAAGGAUCAAGGGUUCUGUAGAUGGAAUUACACCUUCAGAUCCCUCCAACACGCCAGGAACAAUUGCGGAUCUCUUUCCCAGACCAACAGAUUUCUCUCUUCUUCCUCUUCUACAAUAACGAUGUCUAAGAAGAUGGUUCCGAGCGAUGAAAAAAUGAAGCAAUCGGAAGAAUCUCUCAGAAAAGUUAUGUACUUGAGUUGUUAGGGUUCCAAUUGAGGCGCUCCAAAUCUCUCUACUCCAGAGCUGUAUUACUCCUAUUUCGUCCAUUCUGUAAAUACUAAUUGAGAGAACCUUGAUU